AUGGCCGCCACUCGCAAAAGAACUCACCUCAAGCCCAGCCAAGUCGCCGUUUUACAAGAAACAUUUGUAUGCAAUCCGUUGCCCGAUUCCAGUAUUCGAUCGAGACUUUCCCGCGAAUUGGGCGUGACCGAACGUACCAUCCAGAUCUGGUUUCAGAAUCGACGUGCGAAAGUUCGAAAAAUGGAAUCAGCGUGCAAUAAUCCAUUUGGCGGCAUGCCAGCAUUGAUGCCCAAUGCGACGUUCCGAUCACCACUGGCUCCUGAAUUCUAUGACGACCCGUUGCGGGAACUCCAUGAUUCCAUCUAUAACCGACAACGUCCCCGUUCCAGUUCCAAACCCGAAGCCAAAUCCAACGAUAUUAUUGAUUUUAUCCCUCGUGCCAUGUCUGAAGGCACUGAUCGAGAAAUCAAUCCAGGUAACAGCUAUAUCAUUCCUUUUCCUGCCACUACCAUACGCAUCGACACAUGGACACGUUUCGCCCGUUCAGCCAACCAAUCACAAGAAUGGGAUCUCACAUGUUUUGGUCUUCCUUACGAACGUCAGCUGGUAUGGCAAGUGCAAGAUGAACAGAAUCAAUUUCGAAUUCAAAUAAGGCUGGACGCCGUCAAUCAAAUACGCUUGGGCCAAGUAGCAUCGGACACAGGGCACUUGCUGGGUCAGCUAGAAAUUGACGUCAAUCCUCACAUGCAGACAGGUGCAGUAGCGUUUUCGAUGUGGCGAUCGGGCAUAGACCACCAGUGGAUGCAAUGUGGUGAUUUUUGUGAGAGCAAGCAAGCAAGUCAACCAUGUGUACACACCUUACAGGGCGACUACGACGGAUUACGGCAUGCGAUCCAUGAAUUAGUAACUUUGGUGCCUGACCUGGUUUCCAAAUUUAUGAUGGUGCGACAACCUUCUUCAGAGUUUGACACUGUGGCUGGUCUUUGCCGUGAUUUGACACUGUCACCAUCGGCCACCCCGGAGCCUUCUGCUGCUGCGGCGGCAGCGGCCGUUGCUGCCCAAUUCUUUACGCAAGACUCUCUUCAAAAAGUAUCAGAUCUUAACAAUUCUUGGAUGCUUGAACUGCCAUUCUCUAAUCCUACCUCCACGGUUGGCGCCACCAGUAUCGCCGCCACUCCUACAACUACCACAAGUCUAUCCUCUACCAGCACCACACCAAAUAAUCUCCAUCACUUUAAUACAUACGAUACCCAAUCCUCUUUAUUUUUCCAACCUUUAUUUCAGCAUUCCUCCCAACCACAACAGCAAGAGCACAUGUUUACUGCAGCCCCUGCUAUGCUUCAUCAUGCAUUUCUGUGAGAUAUAUCGCAUUUCCAUCUGUUUCCCUUUCCUUCCCUUCCUUGCUUUAACUUAAUCAUGUUCUUCUCAAACACUAAUAAAACAAAAAUGAAGCCAAAGCGCAUUCUUUAAGCUAUAUGGAUGAAAUGAAAAUUAGAAAGAGCAAU